AUGCGAGGUUUCAACAAAACCACAGUGGUUACGCAGUUUAUCCUGGUGGGCUUCUCCAGCCUGGGGGAGCUCCAGCUGCUGCUUUUUGUCAUCUUCUUUCUCCUGUACUUGACAAUUUUGCUGGCCAAUGUGACCAUCAUGACUGUUAUUCGCCUCCACCGGACUCUACACACUCCCAUGUAUGGUUUCCUGUUUAUCCUUUCAUUUUCUGAGUCCUGCUACACUUUUGUCAUCAUCCCUCAGCUGCUGGUCCACUUGCUCUCAGAGACCAAGACUAUCUCCUUCGUGGCCUGUGCCACCCAGCUUUUCUUCUUCCUUGGUUUUGCCUGCACCAACUGUUUUCUCAUUGCUGUGAUGGGAUAUGACCGCUACGUAGCAAUUUGUCACCCCUUGAGGUACACACUCAUCAUGAAUAAAAGGCUAGGGUUGGGGCUGGUUUCUCUGUCAGGAGUCACAGGUUUCUUUAUUGCUCUAGUGGCCACCAAUCUCAUCUGUGACAUGCCUUUUUGUGGCCCCAACAGGAUCAACCACUACUUCUGUGAUAUGGCACCUGUGAUCAAGUUAGCCUGCACUGAUACCCAUGUGAAAGAGCUGGUUCUAUUCAGCCUCAGCAUCUUGGUAAUCAUGGUGCCUUUUCUGUUAAUUCUCAUUUCCUAUGGCUUCAUAGUUAACACCAUCCUGAAGAUCCCCUCGGCUGAGGGUAAGAGGAAGGCUUUUGCUACCUGUGCCUCACAUCUCACUGUGGUCUUCGUCCACUAUGGCUGUGCCUCUAUCAUCUACCUUCGGCCCAAGUCCAAGUCUGCCUCAGACAAGGAUGAAUUGGUGGCAGUGACCUACACUGUGGUUACUCCCCUACUUAAUCCUCUUGUCUACAGUUUGAGGAACCAGGAAGUAAAAACUGCCCUGAAAAGAGUUCUGGGAAUGCCUGGAGAAAACAAGAUGAGCUAA